CCGCAGGCCUGGCCGAGGCUGCCCGGAGUCCGGGCCACAGGGCUUAGGAGACCUCGAGUCAGAUCUGCGAACGGGUGUUUGGCGGAUGCUUCUGGUCCUGCUUCCCGGCUCAAAGCUGACUCUGCACGGACACGGUGACAUGAGGCGCCCACCACAGAUCCACCUUCUGGCCUUCUCCUUCCUCUGCAUCCUCUCCAAGGUGUGUGCCCAGCUGUGCCCGACACCGUGUGCCUGCCCCUGGCCACCACCCCGAUGCCCGUUCGGGGUUCCCCUGGUGCUGGAUGGUUGUGGCUGCUGCAGGGUCUGUGCACGGCGGCUGGGAGAGCCCUGCGACCAUCUCCACGUCUGUGACCCCAGCCAGGCCCUGGCCUGCCAGCUCGGAGCUGGCCCUGAUGGCCGGAGGGCCAUGUGCCUUUGUAAGCAGGUUUGCGGGACUCCUGGAGGGUGUGUGUGGGAUGUCACGGCCAUGGUAUGGAGCCAAACAGCAGCUUUCGACUCUCCUUUCACCCCUCCUCCACUCAGCUGAGACUGGGGGCCCAUAGGUCCCGGGUCCACUGCCUGUCUCUCUCCUCUUGGCCUCUGCUUGGACCAUGCAGCCCCAUCUGAACAACCUUCCCUACCCCUGCCUGUCCUAGUCACAGUCCACAUUCAAAACCAAGCCCAAAUAUCUUCUCCCCUGAGAAAUUCUCCCAGACUCUUCAACCCAGAAAACAUCACCCCCUUCAGAGACUCUUGUCACACUGAUGGAAACAAAAAGGCAACCCUUAUUUAGGACAUAGCAUGUGUCAGACACUGGGGGGAGUGCUUACUGCACAAGUCACACAAACCUCCUAACAAUCCUGUGAGACUAAGUACUGUUAGACCUAUUUUACCAAUGAGGAAACUGAGGUUCAGUGGUAUUAGCUGACAGGCUUCAUGUCACAUGGCUCGGAACCUUUUCAAAUAAAUUCAAGCAAAUUCCACUCUGCCUCCUGGACUGGGCACUUUGAACGAUGGUUUGAGUCCUGGGUCUGCUAUUUCCCAGCGACCUUGGGCAUGCGACAUUCCACACCACGCUCCCUAGGCCUUGGCAUCCUCUGAUGCUUUAGAGCAGGGCUUGGCAACUGUGCUGCGGUGACUCCGGUCUAUAGAUAGUUCUUGUCUGCAGGGAGUUGUCCUGUGCAGUGUGGGACACUUAACAGCGCCCCAGUUUGACCUGCUAGAUGCCAGUCUCAACCCUCUCACCCUUCCUGAGUCACGGCAGUCUGUUUUCAGACACUGCCAAGUGCCCCCGCGGCAUCUAUACCCCAGUAGAAACCUACGGCUGUGGAGAAAUAGAAAAAGAUGAGAGCUUUUUUUUCAAAUAAUAAGCUUUGUAGAACAAUUUGCCU